AUGAGUACAAUAUUGGAAAAGAUAGCGGGUAUUGAAGCCGAGAUGGCUCGAACCCAAAAAAAUAAAGCCACUGCAUUACAUUUGGGUAUACUAAAGGCGCGAUUGGCUAAAUUAAGGCGUGAACUGAUCACACCUAAAGGUGGCGGCGCUGCAACCGGCGAAGGUUUCGAUGUUGCCAAAACUGGUGAUGCCCGCAUUGGGUUUGUGGGUUUUCCGUCUGUAGGGAAGUCAACGCUACUAUCAAAUUUAGCAGGAGUGUACUCAGAAGUGGCUGCGUAUGAGUUCACAACAUUGACUACUGUACCAGGAUGUAUUAAGUAUAAGGGUGCUAAAAUCCAGCUACUCGACCUUCCUGGUAUUAUUGAAGGAGCUAAAGAUGGCAAAGGUCGUGGUCGUCAAGUGAUCGCUGUUGCCAGAACAUGCAGUCUUAUUUUUAUAGUAUUAGAUGUUCUUAAGCCACUGCAGCACAAGAAACUUCUAGAACAUGAGUUGGAAGGCUUUGGACUACGGUUAAACAAGCAACCUCCUAACAUACACUUUAGGAAAAAAGAUAAAGGUGGAAUUAAUUUGAACACUACUUGCCCACAAACGGAGCUCGACAUAGAAACAGUGAAGACUAUUUUAUCAGAAUACAAAAUUCAUAAUGCUGACAUAACCCUGCGGUAUGAUGCCAACAGUGAUGACCUUAUUGAUGUGAUCGAGGGCAACAGACUCUAUGUACCAUGUAUUUAUCUGCUUAACAAAAUUGAUCAAAUUAGCAUAGAAGAAUUGGACGUAAUUUACAAGAUACCCCAUUGUGUGCCAAUCUCGGCUCAUCAUAAAUGGAACUUUGACGACUUGUUGGAGAAAAUGUGGGAAUAUCUAAAGUUAAUCCGGAUAUAUACAAAGCCGAAAGGACAACUGCCUGACUACAAUGCCCCCGUUGUACUGCAUGCUGAUAGAACUAGCGUCGAAGACUUCUGUAAUAAGCUGCAUAGAUCCAUUGUUAAGGAAUUCAAAUACGCUCUGGUGUGGGGUUCAUCCGUGAAACAUCAACCACAGAAGGUGGGUAUCGAACACGUGUUGGCUGACGAGGACGUCGUUCAAAUCGUAAAGAAAGUCUAA